AUGAAUGCUACAAAAAAUAAUCCUGCCAAACAAACCUUAGGUGAAGAUGAAAUUGCUCUUUAUGAUAGACAAAUCCGUCUGUGGGGGUUGGAAGCACAGACAAAUAUUCGUUCUGCAAGAGUUCUAUUAAUCAAUGUUGGAGCCAUAGGUACAGAAAUUACAAAGAAUAUUGUGUUAAGUGGUGUAGGUCAUUUUUCUAUUUUGGAUAAUAACCAUGUGGUAACAGAAGAAGACUUGGGCUCUCAAUUUUUUCUGACAUCUGCUGAUGUAGGGAAACCUAGAAUCGAUACUAUAAAGGACAAGAUUGUGGAUUUGAAUCCCAGGGUAAACUUUUCUAUUGAAACAGAUACUUUUGAAAAUUUAAUUUCAAAGAACAAUAGUAACUACGAUAUUGUUAUUGGUACGGAGUUAACCAAGGAUCAGAUCAUUCAAUUGAACUGGUGGACCCGUUCUAACAAUACACCAUUAUAUGUGGCAGGAUCCAAUGGAUUAUUUGGUUAUAUCUUUGUAGAUUUAAUCCAAUUCGAUUCCAGAGAUAAGAAAUUACAAAGUAUCAAACAAUCUGCACUUGGUUCAAUCUCUCCUAAUAAGGAGAUUGUUUCUUUGGAAGUUACCAUCGACCCAGAGGAGCCAAAGAAAAUUUAUGAAAACUUGGUGACAAAGAAUAAAUAUGUUCCUUUUGAGAAACUGUUAUGUACCGCGACUUUAGAGGGAAAAUUGACAAAAAGACAACUAAAACGUGUAUCUCCUAUACUUCCAUUAACUUUAACCUAUCUUAAAGACACUAAUAUGGUUUCCAGUAACGUUUCUUUAUUCAGGGAAGAACUUGAAAACACAUGUGAACAAUUACGAAUAGAUCCAAAUUUAAUUCUAAAACCAGAAUAUGUUGAACAAUUUAUUAAACAAAAUGGAGUUGAGUUUUCCCCAGUAGCUGCGGUUCUUGGUGGUGCUGUUUCACAAGAUGUUAUUAAUAUUCUGGGUAAAAAACAGCAACCGUUGAACAAUUUUAUAAUCUUUGAUGGAGUAACAUUAGAUAUGCCAAUCUUUGAAUUCUAG